UACAACCAAACAACGGUCCUAAAGGACCAAAACGUCCACUCCACUGUCUGCAGUAUCACACCACACCGUCAAGAGUCAUUAUUAGUGUCUUCUGUGUGGUCAAUUGUCAAGGAACGGUUUCCGUUGGCAAUCGCUACCGUAUAUCCAGAACAUUUUAAGUCAGUUGGAGAGUAGUAACAGAAAUUACACCAUUCACAAAAAAGGAAAUGAAGAAGUUUCUUCUGGAUAUACUUAACAGCACAGAUGACCUUCUAGGCAUAGUCAUAACGGAUCGUGAUGGAGUCCCUCUAUUAAAAGUGUCGACAGAGGAUGCUCCAGAACUUGGAAUGCGUCCAGCAUUUCUUUCAACAUUUGGAAUGGCAACUGACCAAGCGGGAAAACUAGGCAUGGGAAAGAAUAAGAGAAUGGUUUGCAUUUAUGGAAACUAUCAGGUUGUGCAUUUCAACAAGCUUCCCCUUGUAAUAACCGUUAUUGGAACCAGUACUGCAAAUACAGGAUUGCUAAUGGAAUUGGAGGACCAGUUUACACACAUCGUCACUCAGCUAACUCCAGUUGUAGAUAUUUCAUGAAAAAAUAGGUUAUUUUUAGUUUGGUAGUGUAUAGAAAAUGUACUGUAUUCAAUUGAUAUUUUUCCAUAAAUCAACUGUGUGGGUUUAUAAAGCAUGAAAUGGUAUAUACUACCAGUACAUACACAACCCAUUUACCUUAACGUACCAUAAUAUCUGGUCCUUGCCAUUUAUGGCUUUUAAUAAAUUAGAGAAUGAGUAUAAUAAAAGAAUAAUUGAAGAAGGAAAUCAAGGAUAUUAAAGAAACUUCUUUCAUAUGUAAGGUAAAAUUAUAUUUAACCAUGACAGAUUUUUAUGAAUUUAAUUAUUAAAGUAAAUGAUAAAGUACA